AUGAAUCGACGUUCAUUAAGUGCUGAAUCAUUACAUUCACCACCCUCAUCUGAUUCAACUUCUUCGAAGCAUGUAAUACUUAAAACUAGAACACAUGAUCGGUGGACAGUUAUAUGUUCAAUCAUUGGUUUAGUUGGUAUUCUACAUGCUUCGUGGAUGCUGAUCGCCCCGGAGCACUGGUAUCAUAAUCUACCUGCUGGCGUGCCUGAAUACGGUCCAUUAAACGUUCAUUUUAUUCGUGAUAUUGGAUGUAUAUUUUUGCUUGUUGGUUGUGGAAUGAUCGUUGCUGCAUUUUAUCUUCCCUAUCGACUUCCAUUAUUUACAAUGCAUACAGCUUUUUACUUAUUACAUAUGUUCGUCCACGUCUAUGAAGUGGUCAGUGGACGAAUCCGUUUAAGUAUGUUUUGGACUGAUUUACCUGGUGUCUAUGUUCCCGCUAUGAUAUUUUUUAUACUAAAUGUGUUUUUGAUCAAACAAGUUCGAAGUCAAGGGACCGUUCUUUAUCAUCGAGUUCGGAAAUGA